CCUACUACCAAGCAGAUUAUGGAUUUUACCAGCGGCAAAUGCCUCGAUGGCGGCAAUCUUCAAAAUGGCACCCAGAUGGUGAUCAAGACUUGCAACCCUUCGACACCAAGUCAACAAUUUAACGUCAUUAAUGGCGGAUCUACCAUGCAAUUUGCAGGAAACACAGCCAAAUGUGUGGAUCGGGCGGGUGGGUCAGCAGCGAACUCAACAGCUAUCCAGGUCAUGGACUGCAAUGGGGGUGAAUCCCAGGCAUGGCGUCUACCCUGGGCAGUGUAUCAGUCUUAAUUCCAUGGUAUCAAUUUUAUGGUGUAAUUAUCAGUCGAUCCACUGGUGCUGCCCGGCUUGGAAGAUAUAUACCGGAAUGUCAAAUAAGUCGCACUCCAGCUAAUGGUGAUCAAUAGGCCCGUAUAAGCCAAUGUAUUGGUGUUGUAUGUGGGGGCUGCUGGGGUUAGGCCUGAUAUGGUGACAUUGCUUUUGCACACAGAGGCGAUCAAAUACAUUCCUUGGUCGGUCGCGGAGCCAAUGAGCAAUAGAAACGCUCCAAAAGUAGGACCCGAUGUCAGAGUGAAGGACGUUCCAUUGGUUGGAA